AUGGCAGAGACGCCCAAAUACUACCCCGCAGGCUGGGACCGGGAACGGAUGCUCAAUUCGGCCGCCACCGGCGAAAUCAACAAUUUGUCUGAGGCAGAGCGGGAUACAUUCCGUGAAGGGUUGCGGCAAGACUUGGGAGAUGAGGGUUUCCAGCAGUUUUUCGAGGAGAUGUGGAAGCGGGAGAAGGCUGCCAAAGGCAUCCACCCCACUCCAACAGAACCAUCGUUUAUGGAGACAAUGCGUUUGCGCGAGGAGCGAAUCGGGCCUGCUGCUCGGUGGGAUCCCUGGGGAUUUGUGGUGUUCAAGAGCCCCGAGAUUCAAGACCACGAGGAGUGGGAGAAAUGCAAGGAUAUGGUGGAAAAGAUUGUGCGUGACUCAACGGAGAUUUAUCGGGGAUAUGAAGGCCUGGAUGAAUGUCUUGAAAGAAUGAAGUUCCGGUGGGUUGAGGAUGUGGAAGUUGGUGCUGGCGUGGAGGAUAUUGCGCGGUUGUACGGCAAGAUGGAUCUCCCGCCAGGCCUCAAACACACCAUGUGUUUGUACGUUACCCCGUCGUCUAUGCGGUCGAUUCUCGACUCGCCGAUGCCGUCGACGGCAAAUCGUAGGUAUCGGGUGGAUAUUCCCUGGGUUGUUGCGGUUUCAGUACAAGCUGCUAGGGUUCAAGAAUCGCAGGAAGAAGGUCUUACGGCGGAUGAAGAUGAGGUUGAAGGGGAGGAUGAAGAUGAAGUUGAAGGAGCUGAAUGGCGCGGCUUCUUCAAUGCUGCGGUCGAAACUCUACUCGAGGGUUUGUUUCCCAUCGUCGCAAACGACUCCUUAUCGCCAUACGAGAUUGGUGGACAUGCUAGUGGGGAGGAUAUUUGGUGCGAUCACACGAGGUAUGGCGUACACCGGGCUGGCGUUGGAUACUGGGAUAGGAGGUCUGGAUAA